GUCCGCAACCAUCUCUAUCUCUCUCUCUCUCUCUCUCUCUACUGUAUCCCAUUUUUUUUUGAAACCUUUUUUUUAUUCUUUAUAUAUACCCCACUCAUGCAACAUCUCCACUUCGAACUUGCAUCUUCAUUUUUUCCCACUUCUCCCCUCUCUCUCUCUCUCUCUCUUUCAGAAAUUACUGUUUUUUUUUACUUUUUUCCGGCUUCAUCUGUCUAUCUAAGAUGGAAGAGCUAGAUUACCAAAUAAAACCAACCUCUACAACCACACGUUUAAAACUCUUUGGCUUCAGUGUCUCUGAAGAUGAUGAACUUACAGCUGAAUCCAUCAAGACUUCUUCUUCUACUUCCCCAGACGCAGCUGCAACUGCCGCUGCUGCUGCUGCUUCUUCAGGUGACAGUAGAAAGUACGAGUGCCAGUACUGCUGCAGAGAAUUCGCCAAUUCACAAGCACUCGGUGGCCACCAGAACGCACAUAAAAAAGAAAGACAGCAACUCAAGCGAGCCCAAAUGCAAGCAACCCGAAACGCAGCCGCAGCUGCAGUAUCCUUCGCUAGAAACCCCAUGAUCUCCGCCUUUGCCCCACCGCCUCAUCUUUUGGCUCCGGCUGGUCAGAUUGUGGUCCCGGCUGCAGCUCCUUCAUGGGUUUACUUACCAAGACCAGCAGCGCCUAUCCACGUCUCGCAUGGAUGCGUGUUUCCCAGUGGAGGUGGUGGGGGAGGGAGUGGGUUCGGUGGUGGGACUGGGAGGGGCAUAGGUGGGUUGCAGUAUAGUGGCGGGGCAGGAGAUAUGAGUUUAUGUAGUGGGCUGCAACAAGUGCAGAAUAGGGUCCAUAAUGGGCGUGUAGAUGGACUUAAUGGCCCUACGUCGUUGAGUAGGUUCUCGAAGGGCGACGGCGGACCUACUUUUGAUGAAGCAUUGGGCUUGGACUUGCAUCUUAGUCUUGCUCCAGCCGGGCCGUGACGGUGACUUUCUUCUCCGGCGCUUACCUCGUCUUCUGUACAUUUUUCACAUUUUAUUUAUUUAUUUCUUCUUCUUCUUUCGUGGAAGUGAUGAUUUGUUUCACUAUCUCACAAUUUUUCCCCUUUUUUUUUCCCCCUUUACUAUUUAACCUUUUUCCAACUA